GCGGCCCAUGAGGGGCUGUUUACUGCCGCCCACGCAGGUUGCGGAAGCUUCGUCCCUUCCGCUGGCUGGUUGUCAGGGUUGCGCGAGCCGAGGAGGGCGGGGGCUGCCGACAGCCCGGCGCCGGCUGCCGCUGGGCGGACGAUGGGGCUGAGCGAGCGGGAGCGGGCCGGGUGCCGGGCGCUGCUGGAGCUUCUGGAGACGGAGGAGCUGACGUCGCUGACGGACACGAUCACUAACCGCCUGGUGCUGCCGCAGAGCCGACAAGAAGCCAUUCAUGCAAUUUUAGUUUACAGUCAAAGUGUAGAAGAACUCUUGAAACGAAGAAAAGUCUAUCGAGAAAUAAUUUUUAAAUACCUGGCAAAAGAAGGAGUUGUGGUGCCACCUUGUUCUGAAAAACACCAGCUCAUUCAUCAUGCAAAGCAAUACUGGAGUGGGCAGCUGACAGAUCGUGUUGCAGAGAGAGAGGAUAUUAAUCCGAAUAAACAGUUUCUGCUUUCAUCUCCAUCAUUCUCCGCUACAUUUGCAGGACAGACUGCAGCCUCGCCGGGCUGCUUCAAGGAAAUAACCCUUCAGAGCUAUGAACAGAGACAAAAACAACAGGAAGAGAAUGAUUGGCACAGACUAGGAAGAGAAUUCUGUCAGUGGUUCUUUGAACUUCUCAACUCUCAGCAUCCUUUGGGGAGACAAUCCAAAGAACAGUGGGGACCACAGCAUUUCUGGGAGGAUGUCAAACUGAAAUUUUGUUACAACACGUUAGAAAAAAACAUGGAAGAAUACGUUGGUGCAGAAUUGGUGAGCCUCCGUUUACUCUCACUGGUGAAAGAAGAGUAUCUCUUACUGAACCCCAACUUGGGUGCUGGUGGACUGAAGUGUGUAAUUUCUCCACAUGGGUUAGUAGUGGUGGCGGUAGCUGGCACAGUACAUAGAGGCAACAUUUGCUUGGGCAUCUUUGAACAAAUCUUUGGACUCAUCCGCUGUCCAGUGAGAGAGAAUACCUGGAAAAUAAAAUUAGUGAAUCUUAAAAUAGUUGGAGAAAAUGCUCUGGAGCCUGGGACACAAGUGCAAAAGCCGUCCAUAAAAUAUGAAUCGAACGAACUGCGAGAGCUAUACGAUGGGAAAGAACUGAGCUUGCUUGAACCUCAAAUUCUGAGCAAUGUGCGUACAGAAUUGGGGGAAUAACGAUUGUUUGAAAAACAAUACAGCAGUUGUGCAUAUUUGAAUGUUUAAAUGACUUCAGACUUGUGGUGAUGUCUGUUUCUUUAGUCAGGUUUGCUAAGUUGAUGACAUGCCAAAGUACUGAGUGAAAUACACUUAAAGAGCUCCACUGCUUUUGGGUACCCAUCUUCCAUACUAACAUGUAAUUGAGAAAGUUGCUUCAGGACUUAGAACUGCACAACACAUGUUUAGAAAUGAAGUAACUUUAUUUUUCUUUCUAUUUGAUGUGUUCCUCACUUACAAAAAAUGUGGCUGUAUUGGAAUGUGGGUUGUGACAAUUAUGAGGAACUGGACGCCACAGGGACUUAUUACAGCAUAUGGGGCUUCUCCCGAGGCCACUAGUUAAAGUUGGACCCCAACUAUGUUGGAAAGUCAUUGCCUUCAAGUGGCUGCUUAAAAGUGCAUUAGGAUUCUUGGUCUAAUUUCUUAAUGGGCCAAUAACCCCCACAAAACUGGCAGCCUUGUUGGUAGUUUCAGGAGAGAAGUCAAGCACUGAAUGCAUGAAGAGAUUUUUUCUCUUUGUCCUAAAGUUGAUUCCUUCACUAAAAAAUAGAGAGAACUUAAUAAGAUGAUGUGGGGAAGCUAGCCCUGCUGCUUGCAAUGUUUUUCCUGUUCUGAAUCAAUAGUUGUCAUUUAUUUUUCAUUUUCCAGUAGCAUUUACCUCACCUCUGCAAUAAAAAACCCCCUGCUCCCAAAAUUAAAUGGUUGCCAUUGCAUCCAUUUCUUGCUCUGACUCUCUGUGGGAUCAAGGAAUUAACAUUGGAAUUUAGUCAAUUUAAGCUUCCUAUAAAGCCAGAUGCUUUGAUUGGGUAUUUGUUUUGUAUACAACUUACAGGAGAGUUUAAUGUAAUAGCUUACAUGUGGUGGUUCCUGUACGUUCUCUCAAAAUCAAGAAUUGUAUCCAAUUACUGCAGACUUAUUAAACUGGAUAUGUCAGUUUUUUAAAACCAGGAAGCUGGAACAAGAAGUAGAUUUUCCAGAUAAGCUCGCUCUUCCAUUGCCACAAGUAAUAGCAAUUCAGAGGUUAAAGGGAAUUCAGGUAACUUCAAUAACUACACUUCUCUGUUUUCUUAAUGUGUUUAAAAGUAACACAAAAGAUUACGUAAAAUCUUUUCUGUUUACUUGCUUCGAGUAUUUGACAGUUGUUUGUCUACUCAAUUUCAUUAUUUCUCCAAUAAUUAUUUCCUAUUUGUGUGGUCUUUCACACAACGUGGGAGAGAAGUAUGCACUUUAAAGAAAUGCUUAAAUGUGGUUAAAACUAGUAAUAAGUAGCAGGAAGACACAAGGCAAGUGUGGCGCCGAAAAAACUACUCUCGAACUCACUUUUGUGAACCAACUGAUUUCUAGUUGUCCCUUUAACAACAACAACAACAGGAUUUGUUUAAAAAGAAUGUGAUUAUAUACUGAGUGAAGGACAAUGUUUGAAACAUUGUUUCCUAGUGAACUGUUGAGAUGAGGGCUUUCUCAGCUCCUAAUUUCUAAUAAGAAAAAGUAGCUUUCAUUCUGAAAUUCCUGUGAAGCACUUCCCUUUCCUUGCACACGUGUAUUCUACUAGAUUCAAGUUGAUUGGUAGCCAUGCAUACCUAUGAAAGGGGAGGGAGUGGGGGAAGUCUCUACAUGCUCAUGAUUUUGACUUUUGCAGUGCAGAGGAGGAAAUAACUGCAAACCGAAGACUAAAAACAGUGCCUCUUUUGAUUAUGUAGCGAUACUACCUCCCUGAAUAUUAAUUAAAGCAAAUAUUUUGUCUCCUGUAGAAGUGUACUGUGCUUUCCCUUCUUACUAAAAUGCAUAGUAUUUUUCUAAACAUGCACUAAUAUGAACAUGACUUUAUGAACAUUACAUUCAAAAUGUAACUAGUUGUCUUUGCUAAAUUAAAAUUAUACCAGUGUU